ACACUGCCGCUGAGCUUAGUAAAUCGUUUAGGUGAACGCCCAUUGAGUCGCCGGGGCCGCCAGGGUGAAGGUAAAUUGUCGGUAGUAGGAAAAGAUGGUUUACAAGUGUGUAUGGAUGUGGCACAAUUCAAGCCAAGGGAGCUGUUUCUGAAAGUCUUUGAUAACAGCAUUGUUGUCGAGGGCAAGCACGAGGAACGAGAGGAUGAGCACGGGUUCAUUUCACGACACUUUGUCCGUCGAUAUGCACUACCAAAGGGCUAUAACGCCGACAAUAUAGUUUCCACGCUAUCAUCAGACGGAGUUCUAACAGUCAGUGCUCCUAAGCCACAGGAGGAAGCAUCGAAUGAACGUGUUGUACAAAUUCAACAGACUGGUCCAGCUCAUUUGAAUGUUAAACAAAAUGCAGAGGAGAAGAUCGGAGAUGCCAACGGAGAGGCUGAACAGAAAUAAAUCGUGGCCAAAAGUUUGAAA